AAAAAUCCAAUAUUUGAUUGUUAUUUCACUAUUUCAAUCGUCAUUGUUGGCUUUUUCUCUCACAAAUGGGAUCACUUAUCUCAGGAUAAAAAAAAUUAAAUCUCAAACGAGCCCUUAAUUCUAGUUCCAGCCUAUAAAAGGUUCUAUUCCCUCCAUUAUUUCCUCUUUGUCUACAGUUUGCAUUUCCAGUAGGAAGAAACAUGCAGAUUUUCAUAAAAACCUUUACCGGCAAGACAAUUACUCUCGAGGUAGAGAGUUCCGAAACAACUGAUAGUGCCAAGGCCAAGAUCCAAGACAAGGAAGGCAUACUGCCGGACCAGCAGCGACUUAUUUUCGCUGGAAAACAGAUGGAGGACGGCAGAACCCUAGCCAACUAUAACUUUCAGAAGGAGUCUACACUCCACCUUGUUCUACGUCUCCAUGGCGGCGGAACUUUGAGGAUUCCUUUCGUUGCCAAUCAUUUGGUGGAAACAAUUUCGCAGCUUAACCAAAAGGCGGACAAGGAAUUGAUAAAAACUUGGUCCCGGUGUUCUACCAUUAUUCCUGAUAUGGUGGGCCAUAGGAUUGCUGUUCGCAAUGGUAAGAAGCACGUGCCUUUUCGUAUAUCGGAGCAGAUGGUUGGCCACAAAUUGGGAGAACUUCGUCCUCGACGUCAAGCAAGGAGAGAAAUUCAGCAGAAGAAGGGAACGAAAAAGAAAUGAGAGACGAUAGGGAAGUAUUGGGAGUAGAUUUUUGUUACUGUCGGGCAGCAUUUUCUUUGGCAAAGAUUCAAGUUUUUCUAUGAUAUUUAAUGUUAUUGCGUUAAUAUUUUUCAUUAUGAGGUCUUCUAGUUAGAAUAAAUUGUGACAUUGAAUCAGUUGUGACUUUUGUCAUCGGAUGCUUUCGAUUGGUGUUGAGUAUGACGUCUCCUCGAGAUAAUAGACCUUCGAGUUAAAAUGAAUUUAAGCUUUUACCGUAGUGCUGGAUUAAUU